AUGAACCUCCCAAUGAUGUCCUUGUGUUUUGAGGGUGGUCUUGGAAGGGUAGCCAUGUUGAAGGGUAUGGAGUGUGGGAAAGUGGUUAAAAUGGACGACCCUGAUUCAUGCAUGUGCGUUGAGUCGGUGGUUGUGAUGAGUCUUGAGUACGUGGAAAAGGCCAAACCUCUUUUGCGGGGCGGCGUGGAAAUUCAAACCAACCUUGCUCUUGUGGACCACGGUAAACGACCAAACGUCGCCGUUAAAACAUCGAAAUCUCACUUCUAUUUUCAUUAA